GGGUGCGGAAACAAAAUGAUUUGCAACUACGCCACACUGGGUGUUACUACUCCGCUUGAGCUGCUGGUCUCUUGCGGCCCCACCCAAAAGGCAGAAGUUGAAGAAACACUAAAGAGAAUCCAGUCCCACAAAGGAGUCAUUGGAACUAUAGUUGUAAAUGCAGAAGGAAUUCCAAUAAGAACAACGCUUGAUAACUCGACUACGGUGCAGUAUGCUGGUCUCCUGCACCAGCUGUCAAUGAAAGCCAAAAGCACAGUGCGAGAUAUUGACCCACAAAAUGAUUUAACCUUUCUCAGGAUUCGAUCAAAGAAGCAUGAGAUAAUGGUUGCUCCAGACAAAGAAUAUCUUUUGAUUGUCAUCCAGAACCCAUCAGAAUAGGACACUCAGAACACACACAAUUUACAGACUGAUCGUCACUUCACCCUUUGGAACAGUUCACUACUUACAUGAAAUUGAAUUGCUUACAUUGUGUUACUGCAGAUUUUUUCUUUAAAAACACAGCAAGUUCCGUUGAUUUGACUUAUUACUACAGGUUUACCAUGACCUGUAUGAAUGAGAACCUUCACAGACGUGUAAAAAAUCUGCUUAAAAUUUAAAGGAUAAAACAAGAGAUUUGCUUUUGCUUCAUCCAAACCCUGUUCUAACCCCAAAACAGCUCCAGACCCAAAGCAAAGCCCACAGUUAUAAUUCUUUCUUGCCAAAUUUAAAGGGGUUGUUUACUUUUAAAUUAGUUUAAAAAUGUUUAAAUUACUUUUAGUAUGAUGUAUAGAGCGGUAUUCUAAGAUAAUUUGCAUUUGGUCUUCAUUUUGUAUUAUGUUUGGUUUUUAAAUUAUGAGGCUUUUUGUUCAGCUGCUUUACAGUUUAAAGAUUUAGCAGCUAUCUGGUUGCUAGAGCCUAAAUUACCCUAGCAACCAAGCAGUGGUGAAAAUUAGACAUAUGAAUAGGAGAGGACUAAUUAAAAAGUUAUGUAAUAAAAUGAAAUGCCUCACAGAGCAGUAGUGUUUUGGCUUCCUUGGUCAAUUACCCCCAUUUAAAAGCCAGAAAGAGUUGGAAGAAGAAGGCAAAUAAUUAAAAUAACUCAAUUGAAAAGUUGCUGAUAAUUGCUCUUUCUAUAACAUACCAAAAGUUAAUAUAAAGGUAAACUAACAAGUUUAGUUCAGGCUUGUGAGCUGCAGCUGUUAGUAACAAUGUUGCUGCUCACUUCUGUGUUGUGUUGAAUAAUAAAAAAUCUAAGUACA